AUGGAUGUGACGGUGGUGGCGGCGACGAUGGCGGGUGUGGCGUUGGCGUUGGCGUUGGCGGGUGUGGCGUUGGCGGCGGGUGUGGCUGCGGUGGAGGUGGUGGCUAUGGAUGUGACGGUGGCGGUGACGGUGGCGGCGACGGUGGCGGGUGUGGCGUUGGCGGCGGGUGUGGCUGCGGUGGAGGUGGUGGCUAUGGAUGUGACGGUGGCGGUGACGGUGGCGGCGACGAUGGCGGGUGUGGCGUUGGCGGCGGGUGUGGCGGCUGCGGGAGUUGGCGUUGGCGGGUGUGGUGUUGGCGGCGGGUGUGGCUGCGGUGGAGUUGGUGGCUAUGGAUGUGACGGUGGCGGUGACGGUGGCGGCGACGAUGGCGGGUGUGGCGUUGGCGGCGGGUGUGGCGGGUGCGGGAGGUGCGGUGGCAUCGGUGACGGGAGUGGUUGCAUUUACCUGGCGGCGUUGGAGUUGGCGUUGGCGGGUGUGGCGUUGGCGGCGGGUGUGGCUGCGGUGGAGUUGGUGGCUAUGGAUGUGACGGUGGCGGUGGCGGUGGCGGCGACGGUGGCGGGUGUGGCGUUGGCGGGGUGCUUGGCGGCUAUUGCAGGUGCAGCGGCAUCGUUGACGGGUGUGGUUGCAUUUGCCUUGACGGCGUUGGAGUUGUCGUUGGCGGGUGUGGCGUUGGCGGCGGGUGUGGCUGCGGUGGCGGUAAUUGUGGUGGCGGCGACGGUG